ACUGAAGGGGAUCUAGAAUACCUCAAAUUAUACUAAAUUCAGGUGUACCUGUGUGGUUUUAAUAAUGUUACUGCUUGAAUAAUGCCUUUUUUUUUAAUAUUGUACAUUGUGUCCACAGUUUGGGCUGAAAUGCUAUUUCUGGCUGAUCAUAAUUGCUACUGAACAUUAUAAUCUUUAGGCGACCCAUACAGCACAUAGUAACCGCCCUUGAAGACGCAGGUAGCUAACUAAGGGAUGAUGGCCCCUUGGGAGGCAGGUGCUGUCGUCCGCAUUGCCAAAAGCCUCUGUGUGAUCGCGGACAGAGGUGCUGUGCGCUUAUAUUUAGCCGGCAUUCUUGCCAUUUCGGGGAAGGAGAUACCGGGCGUGUAUAAAGACACCUACUGCCACGUAAUUCACAGCACCAGUGGCCUUUUACCCAUACAGCAUUUACUCACCUGACUGACAUGCAACUCUCCAUCCUGCCUCUGGUCAAGCAAUAGUUCAGAACACGUGAGGGGGACAAAGCAGGGGAAAGGUCAGGCUGUAUUUCUCUCUCAAACUUGGGCUAUUAUAAAACCAUUCUUCACCCUCACAAUCCUGUAGGCCGAUAGAAUAGGUUGAUCCGGAGUGAGCAAAUAAACCCCCCGCCUUGUCAUGGAAAUGGAGUACAUUACUUUCAAACAUUAAACUGUGCCGACUAAUGGCUUUCUAAAAUACUGCCAUUAUUAUUCUGCAAGAACCAAGACGAUAUAAGGUUUAAUAAAUUAUUUGACCUCAUUCUUUUUUUCCAUCCCAGUUACCAGUUGUUUUGAACGCGUCAUGGGAACUCAGAAAAAAAGGUCAAAUGAUGACGUCUGGGAUCUUGAGGUCAGGAAGUAUAAGUUAUGAUUUUUCCGGCGAAUCGGAUUAGGAAUUCUGAUGUAGAUGACAAUUAAAACAACUGUCAUGUGUCGCAGGCAUAAGUUUCUAAUUAAAGUUUGUUUGGAUGCAGCAUUAGAGCACGCAGUAACCAAAACGACAUAUGUCAACCGCAGAAAUGUCCCCGUAAGAUUUCAUAAAAAUCUCUGUUGUGACCGUGAAUGUCCCUGGUUUGACCCAGAGGCAUAAUAAUGUGUAAUUUUUAUCUGGUCUGCCAAACAUGUGUUUAAAGUGUUUUUGAUUAAGAGAGAAACAAUGUAUUUAUAUCGAUAUAGGCUAUUUCGUAUUGAACAAAAGAAAAUGUCUAGUUCCACUGCUUUGUCGGGUGUUAAACAACUUUUCAAUGGGCAGUCCAAUAAUAGCUAUUUACUAUAAUAGCCUAUCACAUUUACUCCUCAGUCUUAUAGACAGAGAAUUUGACGAACCGCAGGUCGUCUGACUGGCAUUGUGUAGUUUUCCUCAACCAGGUCAGGUGAGCUCUGCAAACAUAUUUCCAUCCUUCGACGUGUGAGACGUGUGUUCGUAAUCAAUGUGUGAAGAGUCCCAGAGUAACAGAUGAAUAGCUCUAUCCUUCUGGUUCCUGUACGCUAUGGUAAAGCACCUCCAUUUCUGAAAAGUGGUGUGGGGUAACACUAGUCCCACUGUAUGCUUUUCGACUCUGGCAUUUACCGUUACAAUAAACAUCGUCAAUGGAUCUUAAAGAGCCAUGUGGUACCAGUCUGCGCCACGAGCCUGUGUGCUUAUUUUUAUUAUGCAAAUACUAGAUCCUAUUACAGAAACAAUUUAUAUUCGUGUAUUAUGGAGGUUUCUAUUUGAUACAGUUGUAAAACGAACUGCUUGUGAUGAGUUAGUUUUCACAGAAGUUUCCAUUUAAUUUCCAAUAGGGCCAUGCAUAAUGACCCAUGAGAAACUAAGUUAGUUUAGAUUAAAAAUAGAUUAAAAAACAGACACAUUCGUGAAAUUAAGUUAAACUUUUUUUUUUUUAACGAAAUUCGUUAAAAUGUAGGCUAGGUAUUUUGCCUUUCUGGUUAAGAAUUUCAACAUGCUCCGAGAAAGGGCUAGCAUCCAUGUGAAACAUGUACUUAUAGGCCGAACAAAUAGUUGUAUAGUCCGCCCUAUGGUCACGAAACAGUUAAGUUAAACAUGAUUUUUGUAAAACAAGCCCUGCUCCAGAUUGUGCAUGCGUAGACUAACAAAUUCUACUAAAGUGAGAUAUUUCCACGUUAGAAGCAAAUCGUCAUACUUUCAUCGUGGAGAUGUGGCACGCAACUGCAUGACUGAAUCUAGACUGGACACCACAUCGCCAGGCCAGCAUCAAAUAGACAACAUAUUCACACAGGUAGCCCGAUUUACGCGGCUAAUUUUGCGCUGUUUUUCGUAUUUUUUGUAAUUUUCAACAUGGAGAGAUUCUCUAUUUUACUUUUCUGCGUAUAUAUUUUGGUUCAUUUAAGCACUGGACAGCACCAUUUACGCGCACGCAUGGGUCCAUGGAGACAAAGAAUCCAAUGGGAGAACAACGGUCGGGUGUAUAGUUUACUCAGCACAGGGUCUGAAUAUCACCCUCCGGCGCAGGAGAGAAGACAUCCUGCUCGCCUCUACCUGGCGAGCAGGAAUUUCAACAGACAACACCCACCGGCUGAAGAUAAUAGAUCCACUAGAAGUAACGCAUUAGACCUAGAGGAUGCUCCGAGAGCAUUAGAUCAAAACCAAGCAUACUCUGAACCAAAUGCGCGCAUUGAGUCAAACGCCUCGUUUCUGGGCUCCGAUAUUGGUCAAUACCUCCUUGCCACAGGCCGCCUUGGAACAAGCGCAGCCCGGAGACAACCGCCCCUCACAUCCAAAAAGGAAACGGUGCUUUUGGCGCAUUCCCGUUCCCAAGUAGACACCCGCACCACUUCUAACAGCACCUUUCCCGAAGCUGUCCUGGAGUUCUCAGGUAGUGGGAUGCCGAAAAGAGGACGAAACCCUAAUCACUCAUCGGCCAGCUUGCCGCUUCGGCGACUGGUCACUCCGUCCCCAAUCUGGAGCGAGCACAUUACGCGUGGUCGAGGCACGAGCCAGGCACAACACGAGAGACCAGAACUGUCAACCCAGCCACCCACAUCUGGGUACGUGAAUACUACUGACGAUGCAGGUAGCAGACAACUUUCCCAGGGUACUGCCCCAGCAGGAGAUUCAAUUUUCGUAACCAGACGCAUUCCAGUUCCAGUUCCAAAUGCGCUCUCCGACAACGGCGUGGAGGCUAAUGGCACAGACUCACAGUCCCAGCAACAGACGACAGUUGGUAGUAAUACAAUAAUAGAUGAUGAUACCACGGACCCAAACAAAAGCCACCAAAAUUCUGUUUUCUACAACGUGUACCAAUCGGGCAGUGGAAGCAGAGUACCCGUGCGUCAUCCUCCGGGAACUGGUUAUGGUACCAGAUUAUUUCAUAAUGGUCUCCCAGACCUUGUUCCUGACCCCUACUACAUCCAAGCGGCUUCUUAUAUUCAACGGGUGCAGAUGUAUGCCCUGAGAUGUGCUGGAGAGGAAAACUGUCUGUCACAGUCAGCGUACCGACCAGGUGUCAGGGAUAUCGACUACAGGACUCUGCUGAGGUUUCCCCAGAGGGUGAAGAAUCAAGGGACAGCAGACUUCCUCCCAGUCAAACCCAGACACCAGUGGGAAUGGCACAGUUGCCACCGACACUACCACAGCAUGGAGGCCUUCAGUAACUACGAUGUGCUGGACGUGACCACCGGCCAGAAGGUGGCGGAGGGACACAAAGCCAGCUUUUGUCUGGAGGACACCAGCUGUGACCCUGGAGUCCGCCGCCGCUUCGCCUGCACAGCACACACGCAGGGAUUGGGUCCCGGUUGCUAUGACACCUACAAUGCCAACAUCGACUGCCAGUGGAUUGACAUCACGGAUGUUCUACCAGGAGACUAUAUUCUCAAGGUAACGGUGAAUCCAGCCAUGCAAGUACAGGAGUCAGAUUUCUCCAACAACAUAGUUAGGUGUGAUAUACGGUACACAGGAACAUAUAUUCACACAAGGAACUGUAGGAUUACUGGAAGUUAACCCCUAACUUGCUCUGAUGGAGGGGACAUGUUCUGCAAACACUGAUGACGAUUUAAUAAUCAAUAAUAAUGAAUACAGUAAAGUAACAUGUAUAGAUUGUAUCAAUAUCUUUUAGUUUUUGUCAAUAUUGACACCUCCUUUUCCUUAAGCGUUUUCUGCCUUUUUGGCACCUUCCAAUGCAAACAUUCUUACAUGUGAGCUAGGAUGUGCUCAGCUGCAGUUACUCUUAAAUUAGUUAUCCUCGCCUUAAUAAAGGAAUAUGUUUUCCUGCAUGAGAGCAGUGGUGUGUGUAUUCAGUACAUAACAGUUACAGUAACCUCAUGCUAAGCCAAAAUGUAUAUAUUAUGGUGCUGUGCAAUCCCAGACAAAACAAACAAGUCUGAAAGGCCAUUUCAAAUCCUGCAUUGAGUUUGUCACAUGUCUCAAAUUGCUGCAUAUUCUGAGAAGGUAAACUGUUCUCUAGUAUUCCUUAGGUCAAUACUUGUAGUUAAACAGUCACUGACAAUAAAGUAUUACACUUAUCAAAAUUAGACACAUUUGAGCUGUAUUACUGAUAGCAGAUUGUAUGAUUUAUUUGCAUUAUUGCGUAGGUACACUCCAAUAAUAACAGGUUUCACUCCAAUACUAACAGGUUUUUGAUUUUGUUUGUCUUGUUUAGCUCGUAAUGACAAUAAGAUACUUUGUCUUCUUGAAGUUGAACAGUCUCAGUCUUUGUUUUUGUCAAUAAAGUUUUCCUGAAAAGUU